UCUCAUUUACAACUUGACACGUCAAAACUUUUAAUGCUACAUUUUCGCCAUCAGCUGGAACCUACAACCUAUAUAUUAUCCUUCCAUCCGUCCUCAGUAGCUCGACAACUCCCUUCCAUUUCACCACAUUCCCACUGACAUUUCUUCCCGAUACGUUCCAGAAACUUUUCGUCUUCGCCUCUUCUCAUUUCCGCCACAGCAAUUCUCACCCAAGCUUACGGCAUUGCCCUCGGCUCCCUAAUCUCUUCAGAAAUGACCAAUAUGGCAUUUCGGCCCAAGAUGAACGACGCCAUGGACGAAGUCGUUGAUCUUCGUCCCCAGAACGCCCAACCUGGCCCUUCUCGCAAGCCCGAUAUGCGGGUAGACUUUUCCACGCUCGGAAACUCCGAGCUUGCCAGCAAACUUCCUGGCUUUCUGGAAGAGAUGGCCCGGGCCAAUCGCGAGACCGAGGAGCUCAUGGCAGCCGACCCGAAGGCAGCUCGAAUUGAGAUUGACGGCGACGAGGAGGUCGAAACGCAGGUCAUCGAGAUGAAUCUCUACUCGGGCGUGCUUGAAGCGGAGGAACCGAAGAAGGAGAUUGUUAUGCCCAACGGGCAACCCUUGGCCGGGGAUGGUGUUAAUGGCGACAGCGAUGUCGAGCCAUUUAUCUCGGAGCCUGUCAAGGUUAGACACACCACCAACAACAACAGGAAGCGCCGAGCUUCAUCCUCCUCCUGCUUCAGCUCCAACAGCGGCAGCAGCAGCAGCAGCAGCAGCAGCUCGGAGGGAGAGACUCGGAUUAUCAAGAUCCAGAUCUUGGAAAGAGACGGUGCUAGGGAAGGCACACCGGACUCGCAAGCAUCUGCGGACAGCGCAGACAGUUCAAGCUCCUCCUCAAGCAAAGGGUCCAUGACCAGGAUUCCGCGCGAUCCCCAUCACGGCGAGCCGGAACAGCUUAUCGUUAAUAAGCUUUACAAAUCGCCCCCUCCAAGAAGCAAAUCUGGCAGCCCUGCUGCUGCUUCUGAGACCUCUCCACGCGAACCAACACCACCCCCAACCAAGAGAAUCGUCGUCAAAGGACGCAGCCCCUCCCCUCCUGUGCACAAGGGCCAAGAUGUCCAGAACUGGAUCAAUGACCAGCCAUCAGCCACAGGGGACUACAGGGAGAUUGCCGGGACCCCGUCCAGAAAGAUGCCGGUCCCGAUCAGCCGCCUGGAGGCCAAGCAGUCCCAGAAGAACGUCCAGGCCUGGGUAGACGACCAGACUGACCAACAGGAGAAGGAGGCUGCUACCCGGAGGGUUACGAGAAGCGCGUAACGAGAGCCAAAAAAAAGCCUCUCUCCUCCUCUCUCUCUGGGAUUAAGCGCAUCACUUGUUCCUGUUGUAUAGCGCAACAACAUAUCUGCAUACUACAUACAUACUACAAACGCGGAACGGAGCUGCCCUGAGGAUUACUUGUACACCAAACCAACCGAGGCAAC